AUGGUGAAUUACGUCAAUCCGCUCGCCAUGUACCAAGGCAAGGGCGGGCAAUACGGCGGUGGCUGGUACGGCUGGCAGCAUCAGAACUUGGAAGAGCAACAGUGGUGCGCAUGGAACGGCGCACCGGCUACGGGGGAAUGGACUCCGGAUCCGCAUCAUUUUCCGAAAAGGGAACCAGGAGAACGAGAGAUAGCCGAUAUGCCGUCGCCGGCCAGGGGGGAUUUGGCGAGUCCAGGAGAAGGUUCUCCAGGCUCAGGAUCUCGGCCUUCACAACCACCGGGUCCGCCGCGGUCGCCAUACGAGUGGAUGAAAAAACCAAACUAUCAGACCCAACCAAAUCCAGGUCGCUCCCCACAACCGGAGCAGAUGCAGGUCAUGCUCCACGACAAAAAUUUUCCAUGUAAAACGCGCACUAAAGACAAAUACCGCGUGGUGUACAGUGAUCAUCAGCGGCUGGAGCUCGAGAAGGAAUUUCACUACAGUCGUUACAUCACUAUUCGCCGUAAAGCAGAAUUAGCCGUCAGCCUUGGUCUCUCGGAACGACAGGUAAAAAUUUGGUUUCAAAAUCGACGCGCCAAGGAAAGGAAGCAAGUCAAAAAACGUGAAGAGGUGGUGAUGAAGGAAAAGGGCGAUCACGCUUCGUUGCAGCACGCGCAACUCCACCACGCGACAAUGUUACACCACCAGCAAAUGAUGAACGGUAUGAUGCACCACCACCAUUACCAUCAAGGAGUACUACAAGGCGUGCCCGAGCCUCUAGUCGCAGGGGUACCGCCGGUCCCUCUACUGUGA